CAUUCUUUGACAAAUAUAAAGGCCCAAUCAGCCCUCGAGCCUCAGUUCUUUGAGUGACAACUUUGCGUUAGGAAGCAACUUACUCUCUCAUUCCUGCACUUUACGGAUAAAAAUGCAGUACCUUAUUGCUCUGUGCGUUUUCGCCCUGGCUCUCCACCAAGGAGUUGCCCUAGAGUGCUAUGUGUGUGCGUCUGCCGGCGACAACGCCAAUUGUGGAGACCCUUUCAAGCCAGACUCCAACAUGCCCACGUGCAAUCUUCCGAACGGAACCAACGCAGUUUGCGUUAAGUCAAUUGUGUCUCUCCCUUUGGGUGAGUCUGAUUUGGUGACCACUGCUAGAAGUUGCGCACCAAAUCUUUCCGGUGACCCUUGCGCGGCGAUCAGGACAACCAUAAAUGGCCAGGGUGGAGUUGUGGAUCAUUGCUCCAUUUGCUCGACCAGCCUUUGCAACGGUGCUCCCCAUUCAGUGGCGGUUUCUGUGACCAGUCUGAUUGGAGCUGUGCUGCUCGCCCUCAGACAUGCAUUUUAAAUUUUGAAACAAAUAUAUAUUUAAAAAGUGGAAAUCUCAUGUACCUUUUCGUCACAAACAAUACACGGCAGGUUUUUUAUAUUGAAUUUGUGUCGUAAAAAGUUUGGUGUAUAAUAAAAUUUGAUGCCGACUUUCAAGGGAUUAGUAUCCUUGCGAAAAUUACUUUUAACGGCUCAAGGUAAAUUAAA